AUGAGACCUUCUUUUGGAAAAAAAGUGAAAUAAGACGAUUCUGAUAAUAAAUUUAAAGAGAAAGUCUAUCGCUCUAUGUAUCCAUCGCCUUGUUCUUCAUAGUAAAAAUUAAUUUUUGAAAUUCUUAGCGAUCCUAACAAAUGGCUACAAAAUAAUGACAUCUCGUGGUUGUCUCAUUCUUUAGAAUAGGACAUAGAUAAAAUCCUAUAAAUUGCUGUCCCAUAACCACUCAAACCUUAAAAUAAUAGACGAGCUAGUGCAAAUGAUAUUAGGGAAGAAAUUGAUGACAAAAUAGAGAAACAAAAGAGACACACUUGGUAUGUUGACAAAAAGCAUGAAGAUUAACCAAAAAACAGUAAACUCAAGAUAAAUAUGAGUUCCAUUAUUUGUGAAUUUCCAAUUUAAAAAGUUACGCGGUAAUCAAUAUCUGAUCAACCUAAAACACCCAAUUGUUAGAAGUCUUUUAUGGAAGCAAUUAUUUCAAGAUAUUAAUAGAAAAAUGAAUAAGAGGAUUAGUUAGAAAAAGAGAAAAAAUACUUAUUUUAAAGUGAUAAAAAAUAAAAAAUCCUUGAUCCUGACAUUUAUUAAAAUGAAAAAGAUGAUAAUGUCUUAAAUGAUGACCAAUUAAGUAUAUCUACCAAUGAAAUUAAUCCUACUAAAUAAACUUAAUCAAAACAAACUAGACCCAAGAAGGUUGGUAGAAAAAAGAAAUCCUUUGUGAGAGUACCUAAAAGAAAAUAGAGAUAAACAAAAAAAUAAGACAGAAUAUAACCACUUCCUCAACCAACUUAGACUGAAUUAUAUCAAGAGAAAACUAAAUAUAUUAGACCAUAAUAAACUAUAGAUCAACCUAUAUUCAAUACAAAAUAAUGUUGGGCUAGAAUGCAACUUCGUAAGGAAGCUAAAAAGUACGAGAAAUAUCAAACUUUGGAAUUUUAAGAUUUAUUGCAAUCCUUACCAGGAUGUUAUAUUCACAAAUGUGAAGGAGAUUUGAGGAUAGAUAAGAUUAGACCCAUGUAAAAUGCAAAAGGAAAAUAUUUUUAAUCUUUCGAAAUGUGGAUAAAUCCAUUAGUAUUAAUUGGACCAAUAAAAAUGAAUAAUUAAGUUAAAUUGCAUGUAAGAUUUAAAAAGGGAUAUGCAGGGUAGGUCUUUUGUGAUAGUUAAUUAUAGGAGACACUCCCUAUAAAUUAAAUUGACGGAAGGACAUUUCAUAAAUAAUAAUUAAUACUUGCUAAUAACUCUGAUCAUGUGAUUAAAUUGGUCUGUUGUUUAGUUAAUAUAUCAAUUAAAGCUCCAACAAGAAAACGUAAAUGA